CGAAAGUCUCACCAGUGCGGCAGUGCCCACAUCACAACACGACUACACGAGGAAGGUGAGAGCUCCCGAGCGACUUCCAAUGGAGUCCAAGCCCAGCCGCAGCGUCGACGUCGUCGUGCUGUACGCCGGCAUGGGCGUGGGCCACCUGCUCCCCAUGGUCGAGCUCGCCAAGCUCUUCCUCAGCCGCCGCUUCGACGUCACCAUCGCUGUCCCAGCCACCCCAGGAUCCGCCGCCACGGGAUCCCCCACCAUCGCUGGCAUCGCCGCCUCCAACCCCUCCGUCACCUUCCACCACCUCCCGCCGCCUCCGUCCUACGCCGACCCCGACCCGAACCCCCUCCUGCUCAUGCUCGACGUGCUCCGCCUGUCGGUGCCCUCCCUCGUCUCGCUCCUCGGAUCGCUCCCCUCCGUCUCGGCGCUUGUCCUCGACAUAUUCUGCGCCGAGGCAGUCAACGCCGCGGCGGCGCUCCACGUCCCCGCUUACAUCUACUUCACCUCGUCGGCGAACACCUUCGCCACCUCCCUAGGCCUGAUGUACCACGACUCCACGACUACCGCCUCCCUCAAAGACAUGGGCAAGGCGGUCCUCCGUUUCCCCGGCGUCCCGCCGGUACGGGCAUCGGACAUGCCGUCCACCUUGCAGGACAGAGAGAGCCGGUUUUACAAGGCGCGGACCAAGCUUUACGCGUGCGCCAUGGAGUCAAGCGGCGUGCUGCUCAACACGUAUGAGUGGAUCGAAGCGAGGGCCGUGGGCGCGCUCCGGGAGGGAGCUUGCUUCCCGGGCCGCCCGACGCCGCCGGUGUACUGCGUCGGGCCGCUGGUAGGGUCAGGCAAGGAAGAAGAGCGGCACGCGUGCCUCGCGUGGAUGGACUCGCAGCCGGCGCGGAGCGUGGUGUUCCUCUGCUUCGGCAGCAUGGGCUCCUUCUCGGCGGCGCAGCUGAAGGAGAUCGCCCGCGGGCUGGAGCGCUCUGGCCACCGGUUCCUGUGGGUCGUGCGGAGCCCGCGUCAGGACCCGACCAACCUGCUCGAGCGGCUGCCGGAGCCAGACCUGGCGGCGCUGCUCCCCGAGGGGUUCAUGGAGAGGACAGCGGACAGGGGGAUGGUGGUCAAGUCAUGGGCGCCACAGGCCAAGGUGCUGCGGCACGCGGCGACGGGCGCGUUCGUCACGCACUGCGGCUGGAACUCGACGCUGGAGGGGGUCGCAUCGGGCGUGCCGCUGCUGUGCUGGCCGCUGUACGCGGAGCAGUGGCUGAACAAGGUGCUCAUCGUGGAGGAGAUGAAGGCCGGGGUCGUGAUCGACGGCUACGACGAGGAACUGGUGCGCGCGGAGGAGGUGGAGGCGAAGGUGAGGCUGGUGAUGGAGUCGGAUGCAGGGGAGAAGCUCCGGGAGAGGCUGGCCAUGGCGAAGGCGAAGGCCGUGGAGGCGCUCGCGGAACAUGGGCCCUCGCGUGUAGCGUUUAACGAGUUUCUCGAUCGUUUGGUGAAUUCCGAGUGAUCGAUGAUCAUUCGGCAUUCGAGUGAGAUGUUUGGUAUCGAAGUAAGAUCAGUUGUACUCAGGUCUCAGGCUCACCUUCUGCUGCACCGUUUCCGGUUUCCAUAAGAGCAAUAAAAAGUACCAGUACUUGCACUCUGGAAGCAGUUUUUACCGUACGACAUUCAUCCGUUACUUGCA